AUGGGUAGCAUGCAGGUCUACACCGAAAUAACAGACCCAACCGCGGUCAACAACGCUCUCGCAUUAAACUUCAUUUCAUCCACAGAGAGAAAUCUAGUUGUCGCUAAAACAUCGCUCCUUCAAAUUUUCCGGCUGGUUGAAUAUGAAGAUGCAGAGGGCGAGUUUGCGCUCGACGAAGCAAAGGAUGAGGGUGGUAGCGAUCGACGCGUAUUCGAGGGUCGCGAUCAUGAAGACUCAUUCACAGUUGAAAGUGGAAUGCACCUCCAGCGAGAGACAAUUGAAAAAACCACGAAGCUAGAUUUGGUGGCGCAGUACCAUUUAUACGGAAGUGUCACCUCUAUGGUGAAAAUUAGGAUCCCGACAAGUAAAAGCGGUGGAGAUUGUCUAUUGGUUUCUUUCGAUUCUGCAAAGAUUUCUCUGCUGGAAUGGGAUCCAGCUGCUCACUCGAUAUCAACUAUCAGUUUGCAUUACUACGAAGGGGAUGAAUUCAGGUCCCCUUUGACGCCGGAAUUUCCGAUCAAUUAUUUGAUCUCUGAUCCUAAAAGCAGAUGUGCCGCAUUUAAGUUCAAUCACGACCUAGUCGCUAUACUCCCAUUCAGGCAGACUGAAGACGAAGAUCUUGAAAUUCCCGACAACGACUCCUUCACUUACGAUCUGGAAGAUGAUGAUGACGCCGAGAAACCAAAGAAGGACGUCGAAAUGAAAGACAAUACAGGCGAAGGAAAGCCAUCCGACACCCCAUACCACCCAUCGUUCGUUCUAUCAGCAUCGCAGCUAGACGAAUCUGUGGAGCGUAUCAUAGACAUCGUGUUCCUACACGAAUACCGAGAACCAACCUUUGGAAUUGUUUACCAGCCACAACAAGGUUCUGUGGGAAUGCUUGAAAGGAGGAAAGACCCGACUCAUUUCAUUGUAGUCACGCUAGACCUGGAUCAACGGGCUUCGACAUCUAUCAUGUCCGCGAAGAACCUACCAUUCGAUAUUUGGAAGGCAGUAGCGCUGCCUCCUCCCAUCGGUGGAACGCUUCUUCUGGGAGAGCACGAGAUCGUCCACGUUGAUCAAGCUGGAAAGAUGUCUGCGGUUGCCGUUAAUAGCUACGCUCAACAAUACUCUGCCUUCAAUAUGACCGACCAAUCCGACCUUGAGUUGAAUCUUGAGUCUUGUUCAGCAAUUUCUCUUCCUAAUGAGAACGGCGACGUUCUCAUAGUCACUAUCGCGGGUGACUUUGCGAUAUUGUCGUUUAAAGCUGAAGGGCGAAGCAUCAGUAGCCUAUCCGUUCGAAGGAUACAGAGCAAGGACGGAUAUCCGUUCACGUCCGCGCCCUGUGAGACACUAGUGGAAGUUGGUAAUCGGCGAUUUUUCCUUGGCUCGCUCGACUCUGAUGCGAUGCUCUGGGGUUACAAGCGGAAAGGCGAGAAAACCUCACUGUCCCAGAAAUCCGAGGUCAAGUUAGAGCGGGAUGACGCCGAGGACAACGUCGAAGACGACGAUGACGAAGAUGAUCUCUAUGGAGAAUCUACCGUCACCCCAAUCACACCCCGGAAGGCAUCUUCCGGAAAUAUAGGUCGCGGGUCCUCCGGUGAAUAUGUGUUCCGCAGGCACGAUAGGCUACAAAAUGUCGGUCCAUGCCGUCAAAUGGCUUUUGGGCGGCCAGCCAUGCUACCCGAGAAGCUCAAACUCCACCAAGGUGUCCUCCCGGAACUCGAGUUAAUGGCAACAACAGGGAGAGGUGUCGAGGGCGCCGUCACAGUAUUUAACACGUCAAUAUGCCCAAGGGUUUCUGCUACAUUUGAUUUCAAGGACUGCCAGCGACUCUGGGCCGUCCAUUCUAAACAGGUUAAAAAGGGACAAUCCAUGAUCCCUUCUUCGGUCAGCAAAGGGUAUGAGGAACAGAUUGGUGCAACGGAGGACUACAGUACAUACCUCUUCGCCUCGAAUACUUCUGAAACACUUGUUUACAAGGUGGGGACGAAGUUCGAACCCCUAGAGGGCACCGACAUCGAGACAACAGAAGUAUGCCCAACAUUAGAGUUCGGCACAUUCCAGGAUGGAUUACGAAUUGCACAAGUCUGCGAGACCAACGUGAAGGUCUAUGAUAGUGAAUUGCAACUCAUCCAGAUCAUAUCGACGAAUGACGAGGACCCCGACGGAGGCCCGCAUAUUGUGUCUGCCAGCUUUGCGGAUCCUUACAUGCUUUUAAUAUGCGGUGAUUCAUCCAUAUUAGCAUGUCAGUGUCACGAGCGGACUCUUGAAUUGGAUAGAAUCGAAUUACCAGCCACUAUAAAGGACACGAAGUAUACGAAUGGUUGUCUAUACACAUCGUCAAGUGAAGUCUUCGGACUGGGUACAAAGUCGCAGGUUCUCUGCUUCCUCCUUACUGAGGAAGGAACAUUGCAGGUUUUCACGCUACCCAAUUUUGAGUUAAAAGCUACGUUGGAACAUUUCGAUAUGAGUCUACAGCUUGUUAGUCCAGAUGAAACUGCACUAAGGUUUCAUACUGCAAGGGACGAGAUUGAAGAAAUCAUUGUAGCGGAUCUCGGAGAUAAUAUCAGCAAAGCACCCUAUCUAAUUGUCAAAACUAAGCGAGAUGACAUUAUAAUCUAUGAACCUUUCAUAAGUAAUGGAAUUUGCUUCAAAAAGAUUUACAAUACGGUGCUCCCAACCGUUAGCUUGUCAGAGCAAAAGUCGCCAAGUGGCCCACUGGUAAAAAUCGACGAUUUAGGAGGCUAUAGUGUUGCUUUCAUGGCGGGUGAUACCCCAACGUUUAUUACCAAAUCUUCGAAAACUUUGCCCAAGUUAUAUAAGCUGCAAGGAGGGAUGGUGAGAAGCUUAAGUCCUUUCAACACGAAGGAGACUGAAAGAGGGUUUUUGUACAUUGAUUCCAAGGGUACCGCUCGCGUUUGUCAUUUCCCCGAAGUUUCAAUGGAGCACACUUGGUUAUCCCAAAGGAUUCCUCUUGAAAGAACUCCGACAUCAUUGACCUACUACGACCCUAAGAACGUCUAUGUGGUUUCAGUGCUGAGUACUUCGAAACCUGAAGUCGAUGAUGAAGAUUUCCAGAUGGAAGAGGGCCUUGUCGAUGAAACCUUACUGCCGGAGCUUGAGACAGGACAUUUGGUGAUGAUUUCGCCGGUCACCUGGACGACAACAGAUAGAUAUGAAUUUCCAGUUCAUGAAGUACCGUUCGUCGUUAAAGCCGUUGAACUUGAAAUAUCAGAAGUCACCAAAGAACGAAAGGUUCUGAUCGCUGUUGGAACAGGCCUGCUUCGGGGUGAAAAUUCACCGGCUCGUGGCGCAGUCUACGUGUUCGACGUGAUUGACGUCGUUCCAGAGAUUGGGAAGCCAGAAACAGGGAAGAAGUUCAAACUGAUCUCGAGAGAAGAGGUUAAAGGCGUUGUUAGCACUCUAGCUGGUAUGGACGGCUACCUCCUCAUUACACAUGGUCAGAAGUGUAUGAUCAGAGGGUUGAAAGAGGAUGGGUCGCUGUUACCUGUUGCUUUUAUGGAUAUGAAUACACAUACAACUGUGGCAAAAACCUUGGAGAAGAUGGUGAUGUUCGGCGAUGUGUUGAAGGGGGUGUCUUUUGUCGGGUUUUCAGAAGAACCGUACAAGAUGAUUCUGUUCGGAAAGGAUCCCAGGCAGCUAUCAAUAACGGCGGGUGAUUUCCUACCAGCGGGGACUGCAUGUUACUUCGUUGUAGCGGAUGCACAGUCGAACAUUCAUGUUCUACAAUAUGACCCAGAGAACCCCAAAUCCAUCCAUGGAAACAGGUUACUUCCUAAAGGCGAAAUCUAUUGCGGUCAUGAGGUCAAGUCGAUAUGUAUCUUACCAAAGAAAAAGAGUCUCUUCACUGAGCCAGACGAAGACGAUAUGGAUGAAGACGAGGAUGAAGAAUUCCUCUGCAUGUUCAGUACAAUGACGGGAGUAUUUGGGACUGUCUCAUCAAUCACAGAAUCCAUGUACCGCCGGCUGAAUGUCAUUCAAGGGCAAAUUACGAACACGGGCGAACAUAUAGCGGGCUUGAAUCCUAGGGCAUAUCGGGCGGCUAAAUUCAGGAACACCAGUUCAGAGCCUAUGAGGGCGAUCUUGGACGGUAAACUUUUGGUCAGAUGGUUAAUGUUAGGAGCUGGUAGAAGGAAAGAGUUAGCUGGCAGGGCGGGAACUUCGGAGGAAAUGUUGAGGGAGGAUUUAUGGUUUUUGCAGGAUGCUACGGCUUUCUUCUAA